UAAACUCUGCAAAAAUUCUCUGCUGCAAGAAAACAGGGGUGAUGUCAUCAGAAGAUGAUGCUGGCGGGGAGGCUCCUGGUGGCAGUUUCUGGGAGGCUGGAAACUACAGGCGGACAGUGAAGCGUGUGGAUGAUGGGUACCGGCUCUGCAAUGACUUAAUCUCCUGCUUCCAGGAGCGAGCCAAGAUAGAGAAGAACUAUGCCCAGCAGCUAACAGAGUGGUCCCGUAAGUGGAGGACCAGUGUAGAGAAAGGUCCACAGUAUGGCACUCUGGAGAAGGCCUGGCAUGCCUUCCUGACAGCUGCAGACAAACUGAGUGAAAUUCACUUAGCUGUCCGGAACCACCUGGCUGGUGAAGACUCGGAUAAGAUCAAGGCCUGGCAGAAGGAGGCCUACCACAAGCAGAUGAUUGGAGGCUUCAAGGAGACAAAGGAGGCAGAGGAUGGGUUCCGCAAGGCCCAGAAACCCUGGGUGAAGAAGAUGAAAGACGUGGAGACUUCUAAGAAAAACUAUCAUGCAGCCCGGAAGGAAGAGAAAACAGCCCAUACAAGGGAGAACCAUGCCAAGGCAGACUCAUCUGUCUCACAGGAACAGCUGCGCAAGUUGCAGGAGCGUGUAGAGAAGUGCACUCAGGAGGCUGAGAAGUGCAAGGAUCAAUAAAAAAAAAAAUUAAGCAGCUACAAGCCCCGCUACAUGGAGGAUAUGGAGCAAGUGUUUGAGGGCUGUCAGGAAGCAGAGCGCAAGCGAUUGUGCUUCUUUAAGGAGAUGUUCCUGAAUCUGCACCAGCAUCUCAACCUCUCCACCAGUGAAAGCUUUCAUGCGUUGUAUCGAGAUCUCUACCAAGUCAUCAUGGCUGCAGACAACCAAGAGGAUCUGAAGUGGUGGCGCAACACUCAUGGACCAGGCAUGGCGAUGAAUUGGCCUCAGUUUGAGGAGUGGUCCCUUGAAACACAGCGGCCAAUCACCAAGAAGGAGAAGAGUGGCAAGAUGGCUGACGAUGUCACGCUGACCAGCAUUUUGCCUGCACGGGAUGGUGUUGUCUCACAGACCCCUCUGCAGACAAGGCAAGGCAGUCCUGGGAGGAGUCAAGACAUUUCGGAGUGGUCAGAUGAGGACACUCCCAAGAAGUGCCUGGAUGCCAACGGGCACGAGGAGGACAUAAAGGUACCAGGUGUACGGGUACGAGCGCUGUAUGAUUACACAGGACAGGAGGCUGAUGAGCUGAGCUUUAAAGCAGGUGAAGAACUAAUGAAGAUUAGUGAAGAAGAUGAGCAGGGCUGGUGCAAGGGCCGACUUCUCACUGGCCAAGUUGGACUCUAUCCUGCUAACUAUGUUGAGAAGGUUGGAUCAUGAUUGCUGCUGCCCUGCUAGUCUCUCGCAGCCAUACCAGCAUCUCCUGCAAAGGUCACUGCUGGCCCAAAUCCACCUUUGCAGUAUAUCCAGCAACUUCUGGACUUUGAGGGCAUGUAUCCCAUGUAACUAAUGCUUCAUUUUAAAUGCCUAGACCUGUAGGGAUUUUCUAAUAAAUAAACAAGGGUGAGUAA